AUGCGGGCGUCGCUGGUUGGCGUCGCCGGCCCCAGCACCGUCAGCGCCGUCUACAAGAGCCCGCUCAUUGCACCGUUCUUAGCGCAACCUCCGAGGGCGCUGCCAGCGUUUGCCUACCUCAACUCGACCGACGGCGGACGUACGAUCCGCGUCUUUGACGACGACUGCCACUGCGAUGCUCCGUCGGCGAUGUACAGCCACGCCUACUUGACGCAGCUGCUCGCGCAUCUGCUGGGCGAUCGUCGCAGCUGGCACGCGCCCUUUGACGCUGCCACGACGUCGGUCGUCGUCGACUGCCACUACGACGGCAUCGCAUGGAACGAUACGACGGCACUGAAAGUCUACCUUGUGGACAAGUUGUCUUAUGUCGUGUCGACCAUCAUCCUCCAAACCCUCAACGUCCGGCGGGCAACCAAGCACGUCGAUACGGUAUGCGGGUUUGCGACCGUCCGCGUCGGCGACUCGGCCGAGUACCACUACCUACUGCGUCUCGAGUUUCCGUUCGAUUUUGGUCCGUUUGACGAAGUGGUCGUGAACGCACCGGCCAUGGCGGCGUGGGACGUGACGGUGCUGCGGACGCGCGAACGGCUCUUGGCGUACGGCACGUCGGGCGUGUUUCGUGGGACGCCCAAGACCCAAGGCAACUACCUCUACUACAACUGUGUCAUUUAG